AUGUCCCGGCUCGGCGAGAGCUGCCCGGCGGUGGCCCCGCGCCUCGCCCCUGCUGCCGCUGCCGUCCUUCUGGGUUCCCUCUGCCUCCCGGGGGUUUUGGCUUCCUCCCUGCUCACAGGAUCCGUUGCAAAAUGUGAAAACGAAGGGGAAAUUCUGCAGAUACCAUUUAUCACAGACAACCCUUGUAUAGUGUGUGUUUGCCUGAAUAAGGAGGUGACAUGCAGAAGGGAGAAGUGUCCAAUGCUGUCCAAGGACUGUGCUCUGGUCAUUAAGCAGAGAGGAGCUUGCUGCGAGCGUUGCAAAGACUGCAGUUUUGGAGGCAAUACCUACAACAGCUCUAUGAAAUGGCACCUCCCUAGCAAUCCCUGCAUUACAUACCAGUGCCAGGAAGGAGUGAUAGUAGAGUCAGAGGUCCAGUGUAUGGUUCAUUGCAAAAACCCUUCCAGACUCAAGGGAAUGUGCUGUCCCGUGUGUCCAGGUUGUAUAUUUGAAGGGAGACUUUACAACGAAGGAGAAGAAUUUAGGCCUGAAGGAAAUAAAUGCACCAAGUGCUCUUGUGUCGGUGGCAGGACGCAGUGUAUCCGAGAAGUCUGCCCCAUCCUUUCAUGUCCCCAGCACCUCAGUCACACUCCUGCUGGCCAGUGUUGUCCCAAAUGCUUAGGACAGAGGAAAGUGUUUGACCUCCCAUUUGGAAGCUGCCUCUUUCACAGCAAUGUUUAUGACAAUGGAACCUCAUUUAUUUAUGACAACUGCACGGUGUGUACAUGCCAGGAUUCUACAGUGGUAUGUAAGAAGAGGUGCUUGCUUCCUGGGGAAUGCAAUAAAAACAAAGACCACUGCUGCAAGGAGUGUGUCUCAUACAUCUCCCCUGAGGAGGUGAAAGUGUGCAAGUUUGGCAAUAAACUCUUCCAGGAUGGAGAGAUGUGGUCCUCUGUGAACUGCACCAUCUGUGCUUGUGUGAAAGGCAAGACAGAGUGUCGCAAGAAACAGUGCGUUCCAGUCAACAGCUGUCCUCAUGGUAAAAUCCUGAACAGAAAAGGAUGCUGUCCUAUUUGUACUGAAAAGCCCGGAGUUUGCACUGUGUUUGGAGACCCUCACUACAACACUUUUGACGGACGGACAUUUAACUUUCAGGGAACAUGUCAGUACGUUUUGACGAAAGACUGCUCCUCCUCUGCCUCACCCUUUCAGGUGCUGGUAAAAAACGAUGCCCGCCGGACCCGCUCUUUCUCCUGGACAAAGUCAGUGGAGCUUGUCUUGGGCAGAAGCACCAUCAGCCUCCAGCAGCACCUCACGGUGAAGUGGAACGGGACCCGCAUCGCGCUCCCCUGCGAGACACCGCAGUUUCAGAUCGAUUUGGAUGGUUACUUGCUGAAAGUGACAACCAAAGCAGGCUUGGAAAUCUCAUGGGAUGGAGACAGCUUUGUGGAAGUCAUGGCUGCGCCACACCUGAAAGGCAAACUCUGUGGUCUGUGUGGCAAUUACAAUGGGCACAAGCGAGAUGACCUGAUUGGAGGGGAUGGGAAUUUUAAGUUUGAUGUGGAUGACUUUGCUGAAUCCUGGCGAGUGGAGUCCAAUGAAUUCUGCAGCCGGCCGCAGAGGAAACCUGUGCCUGAGCUGUGUCAUGGCACAGUCAGGGUGAAGCUGCGAGCCCACCGGGAAUGCCAGAAACUCAAAGGGUGGGAAUUUCAGAGCUGUCAUUCAACGGUGGAUUACACCACGUUUUACAGGUCCUGUGUGACAGACAUGUGUGAGUGCCCAGUCCAUAAAAACUGCUACUGUGAGUCCUUCCUGGCCUAUGCCCGAGCUUGUCAGAGGGAAGGGCUCAAAGUCCAGUGGCUACCAGAGCAGAACUGUGCAGCCACCCAGUGCAAACACGGCGCAGUUUAUGAUACCUGUGGCCCAGGAUGUGUCAAAACCUGUGACAACUGGAAUGAGAUUGGCCCCUGCAGCAAGCCCUGCGUGGCAGGCUGCCACUGCCCAGCCAAUUUAGUGCUUCACAAGGGAAGAUGCAUCAAGCCAGUGCUGUGCCCACAGCGAUGA